UGUCAGUGAGGUUAGAGGGGGUAAGAAUUUUUCAAAUCGGCGACUGCCAUUAAAACAACCUUGUAAAUGCCCAAAUCUGUGCAUUAGUGUUAUUACAAAUGUAACGUGUGACACUGUUGGGGAAAAAACAACAGCCGCGAUCCCAUCCAAACUAUACAGGCCAAUAUUGUCUGAACUCGAUUAAAUAGUGUGCUGUGAUAAAGCGAGCAAAUGGCGUUGAAAAGAAUCCAGAAGGAAUUGACAGACCUACAGAGAGAUCCACCAGCCCAGUGUUCAGCAGGACCAGUUGGAGAGGACUUGUUUCACUGGCAGGCAACAAUAAUGGGGCCGAAUGACAGUCCGUAUCAAGGAGGAGUUUUCUUUCUUACAAUUCAUUUCCCCACAGACUACCCCUUUAAACCACCAAAGGUCGCAUUCACGACGAAAAUCUACCACCCUAACAUUAACAGUAAUGGUAGUAUUUGUCUGGACAUCCUGCGAUCUCAAUGGUCACCUGCACUUACGGUAUCCAAAGUCCUGUUGUCCAUCUGCUCCCUGUUGUGUGACCCGAACCCAGAUGACCCACUGGUACCUGAGAUUGCACAUACAUAUAAAGCAGACAGAGAAAAGUACAACAGACUAGCAAGAGAAUGGACGCAAAAGUACGCAAUGUGAGUUUGCUUGCGUUAAACACUAAAGAAGCAAACGGACAGAAAAAUGUGUUUUUUACUUUUAAAAAGAGGAGUAAAUAUCAGUGAAUAUUGAGGGGUGGGGACAACUAAACAACAAACCAUUGGAAGGGAGGCAGAAGGCAGAGGUGAGGAGAUGAGAUGAGAGCCGCUGCUGUGUGCUGAAACCGCUGUCAUGUGCUGUUCUCCCAUACCCGCCGUCAGAACGGCCUAGCCUGGAAAACUCCAGGAAAACUGUAAAACCGGACAAACCUCGGGGUACCACAACCCAGGAAAUUAGACUUGAACUACUGUUAGUUCUACUAUUAUUAUUGUUAUUGUGAUUUUCUCCGUGCUACUGUUGGCAUUCUUACACUUGUCAUCUCCAUUUGUCAAUGUGCUCUUAUCGAUGUCACUAUGUUAUGUUUUCCAAAUGAGGAAUUGUUGGGCUGAAGUUGGAAUGCUGGUCUUAACCAUUGCCCAUCUCAUUUGGAGUUCCAAAGGAAAGGUCUGUUUUGUGUAUACUCAAAUUGAAACAUUUUUCCAUUGUUAACAGACUUAGUUCAGUAAUAUGUCUUUGUCUAUUCAGGUUAUAACUUGAAUAAAACUGGUUCAGUUUAAAAUAGAAUGUAAACAAGACAUUUUUAGGAGUAAAAAAAAAAAAUGUAUUAUUAUGGAUUACCAAUUCGUGUCUCCCUUCCAACUUCGUGCCAUGUCAGUGUUAUUCUAUAAAACACCUCUAGAUGUGAUCAAGAAACUAAAGGUUGUAUUCCUUUUAGAGCAAAAGUGAUCUAAUUUUUGUUGAAAAAUUAGACAUAAAUUGUGUUUAUUAGGUUUUAAUUAUAUCUCCUAUUGACAUAUUCUUUGUUCAGUCUGGAGUGUCCGUUUCAGUUUUAACAGACUUUGAUGCUCAGCCGCAUGUGCAUGAUAUGGCAGAUGUAUAAGUAUUUGUUUUGAUAAGUAUUGUAAAGUUGCUUUAGGGGCCGUUCAAACCAAACGCGUUCUUGCGCUAAAAAAGUGACAUGGAUAUGCCCACACUUUUUGUUUGUAAAUGGAUUAAUUUCCAUAUGUUUACGCCUCUCAUCCACAUUAGAACAGCAAUUUCCUCCACCAAAAAUGGAGCGUUUCCAAAACGCUCACCAUUACUGCAUACCUCGGAAAGCAAUGAGGUUAGGAAGAACAGAGAGUUUGGAUGUAGCCUAAUGCAUUCUCGCUUGAAAUUUUGUUAUGUUUACACCUCUUGUUCCAGCCUGAUUUCACAGUGAAUUCAGAAAUCGUAGGUUGACUUUUCCUAAGCUAAAGUCAGUCUGUGCUUACCAAAAUUCAAACCUCUCCCCCCAGUGGUCGAAGUGGAAAGUGUUUUUUAACAUGGGCAUGCGUGAACUCCAGUUUCCUGGUGAAAUGCCCACACAGGGCAAGUUGUUUUCAGCUAUAAAUUAUGUAAUACAGUAAGGAGGAAUGCAUAUUUUAUUAACUCUACCCCCAAACCCCAACUCUAAACCUAAUCGUCAGUGGAGUAAAACUGUAAUGUUAAAGGUCAAAUGUAACUUCCCAAUCAAGCUCGUCACUGAUUAAGCAAACACAAUUACUUCCUGGUUUCAAUGUGGGAUGAGAACCCGGAUCUCCCAUCAGUCGCCUCACGUUUGAAGUUAAACAAACUUGAACCAUUGCAAAUAGUCUGAUGAUACAUAGCACUUGUCCAUUACUCACCAUAAUGGGGGCCAAUGUCAGGGCACUGGAAUAUUCGGAAAUAACAUUCUGACUUUGGGUGUGAUCAUGUUGCGUAUCCACAUUAGAACGGCAUUUUCCUCCACUGAAAAUGGAGCAUUUAGAAGACGCUCUCCAUUACUGCAUACUUUAGAAAUGGAUGACCUUAUGAGACUAAAAACAGUAUUUCCUAAUGAAAGUGGAUUAGUGUGGAUGUGGCCUAAUGCGUUUAUGCUUUAAAACGCAUUAUAUUAGCUACGUUUACGCCUCUCAUUGACGCUAGAAUGGCAUUUUCAUCCACCGAAAGAAAACGCUCUACAUUACUGCAUACUUCAGAAAACCACGACAUUUGGAAACUGAAAACUGAGUUUUAAAAUGGAAAUGGAUUAGUGAGGACGUGGCCUUAAAACGCAGCGAUCCUUCGCAAGACGGCGAAAAGAAAAACAGCGGAAUGCUGCGCAAUGAUCAAAGACGUCCGUCCAAUGCAUGUUUACAUUUAAAAACAAUUGAAAAACAGUGCAGAGUGAGGCAAAAACGCGUUUGGUGUGAACGACCCCUUUGGAAGCACAUUUUUAAACAUGUCUUAAAAAUUCACCAAAUUUGCUUGCAUAAAAACGAGGAAGCAAAAAUGCUGACCUGUGGAAUUGUGAAAAAAAACAAAAACAAAAAAAAACUGCGUGGAACCACUUUGAAAAAAAAAAUCCUCUUGGAAACCAUUUCUGCCAAAUGUGAUUUUGCCCCAUUCAUAUUUGCAAGCAAAAGGCGCAUCAUAGCAUAUGAAUGCAAUAUUUUUGAGGAUGUAUAGUGCUUUUCUUCUACAAAUCUUUCUGCAAGAGUGUAAUCAUUAAUACUCUUUAGAUACUCUUGUUCCUUUAGUCACUAAUAUUACUAACUUUCUGACAGUGUAGAUGGUACAUUUGAUGUGUGACCAGCACAGGUGCUGGACUGAAGUACUUUAGCUGUAAAUUGAUUUUGUUUGUUUUUUGUUUUUUUAACGCAUCAUUUUUGGGCUGCCUGUUUUGAAUUGGAUGAUCAAGAUGUUUACACAGAGCAGGGAAGAAGCAGAAUGAGAAAUAUUCUUCACUUGUUUGAACUGAACGACUGGGAAGUUGUGAAAUGCUACUUAUUGGGAAAGAAAGUGUGAACAUCUCACCUUCUGGUGCUGCUCUACAAAAGCCCAUGCCACAUUUCACUGGCCGAAGACUCCCUGAAAAGGGCUAAAUAUUGUCAUGAUUAUGUUUAGCACCAUAUUUGUGUACCACUUCAAAGGAAUUGAUGUUUGUCUUGGAUUUUAGCUUUGAAUAUGGCAUGCUUUUAAAGGGAUAGUUCACCCAAAAAUGAAAAUUCUCUCAUUUACUCACCCUUAUGAUGUUAUGACUCUCUGUUCCGUAGAACACAAAGGGAAUGCUAGCCUCAGUCAACAUUUUUCCAUACAAUGAAAGUGAAUGGUGACUGAGGCUAUCAGUCCCUAACCUUCUGCUUUUGUGUUACACGGAAGGAAGUCAGGUUUGGAACGACAUGAGGAGUGAGUAUAUGAUGACAGAAUUUACAUUUUUGUGUGGACUAUCCCUUUGAGUGUUUAUAUAAUACAAAUGGGGGGUACACUGUCCACAGAGGGUGUUUUGUAUCUUUUUAUUUCAAUUUUGAAUGUAAACUUUUAUGCCACCUUUUCCUAACCUUGACCUUCCUCUAUGGCACAGGUAUUGUCUUCUUCAUAUCUGCAAAAUGUUUCAUCUCUAAAUGUGGCUGUAUGUGGCUCACUGGUUGUGCAUCGAAUAGUUGAACGUUUUAAUUUAUUUGCUAUUUAUUUGUCGUCUUCCAGUCGUCAGCUCAAAUGCAGUCAACCUGGAUUUACUGUGUCCUUAAAGUAUUUGGACACUUAAGACAUACUUAAUGUAUGAAGGCCUUUGCAUUAGGAUAACAAAAUGAUGCAAACAAAUGAUGCUAGACCUUUUCUCAGAACUAACUUCAUUUUUCUAUCAAUUUUUGCCAUUACUUUUACCUUUUUUUUAUUCUAGCAGAGGAACCACAGGUGUGCUUCAUUACAUGAACUAUGGACAUGUACCAUUAACACUUGACAACCAGAAAGUGUUCAUUAUAAACAAUAUAUCUAUUGUUUUAACAUUUAAAAUCUAACAAACUCUUUUCUGUGAAAAGUGUGCUUGUGCUACAUCUUCAAAGUAAAUGCUAUUUGGGUUUAUAUUUUGUUAUCUAAUGCAAUGGCAUUCUUACAUUACACGUGUGGCUUUUAAGAGGCCAAAUACAUUUUGGAUCUAUUCGAGGUGCAACCCUUUGGUGCAGUAGAUUUGUGAGACAUUUGCGCUAAGGCAGUAUAGCAUGCUUUGCACUCUGAUAGUCUACAACCUUUUUCUGCAGGCAUUUGCAAGUUAUCAGGGAUCUUUCUCUCCAUUUUCUCACUUCUCCCAAGACCUUCAAUAAAACCUUAGCCUUAACUGUCAAUGUAUAGGCAACCGUUCUGUACUCUUCAUUUAUUGAUUGUUUGUGUACUUUUUUUUUUGUGUGUGUAACACACAUACACAGAGCCAUAAUGACCUCUCCUUGCUAAGUGUUUGUGCUAGGAAGCCCUGUGAUCUAACCAGCUCUCUCCUCAUGAAACCAGACUUAAUCCAGCUGAGACUAACGUCCAAGGUGUCAACUUUAGUGAAUAAAGCUCCUUUU